UUAAAUCCCAUUGUACGCAGACAGUAUAAAAGCAGGUUUGAUUUCAUUUGCACUACUGUAUCAAUAUAAGUUUACGUACAGUGCUCCGACCAAGUCUGCAACCAUGAUGAAAUUUUUGAUUGCGGUUUGUGUGAUUGCCUAUGCGGUGGCCCAGAAUAACCACCACCCAGGAAACGGAGAUAAUGUACACCAUCACCCGCAUCCAGAUGGCGACCUUCACCGUGACCAUCACCAUCCUUGUCCUGACUGUACUGAUGCAAACCAAACAGCUGUCUGUGUCAGCGGUGUGUGCAAAUGUGAAACUAUCACGAAACGUGCGGCGGGCUGCCAUGAUCACGACUGUACAUGCCCACCUGGUCAAACAGGUUUCUGCAAUCAGAACGAUAAAUGCGAAUGUGGGGACCAUAAUACUGACCCUGUAGGUAAACGUGCAGCUCAGACGUGCACUACAGCUGAUGAUUGCCCAGAAUGCGAACACCAUGGCUCUAAAGUAUGUGAGAAAGGACAUUGUCAUUGUAAAUAAUAUAAUUGAACUCGAAUGUCUUUUUUUUCAAAUAAAGGUAGACUACUU